AUGCGCCUCAACGGCUCCGCGCCGAGCGCCGCGGGCGCCGACCUCUUCCCGCGUCCGCAGCUGGGGCCGGACGCCGCGCUCCUGGCCCCGGCCUCGGGCAACCGCUCGGCCAACGCGUCGGAGCUCGCGCUCGCGGCGCCGGGCAGCCCGCUGGACGUGAACACCGACGUCUACUCCAAGGUGCUGGUGACGGUCGUGUACCUGGCGCUGUUCGCGGUGGGCACGGUGGGCAACGCCGUGACGGCGUUCACGCUGGCGCGCCGGAAGCCGCUGCAGAGCCUGCAGAGCACCGUGCACUACCACCUGGGCAGCCUGGCGCUGUCCGACCUGCUCAUCCUGCUGCUGGCCAUGCCCGUGGAGCUGUACAACUUCAUCUGGGUGCACCACCCCUGGGCCUUCGGCGACGCCGGCUGCCGCGGCUACUACUUCCUGCGCGAUGCCUGCACCUACGCCACGGCCCUCAACGUGGCCAGCCUCAGCGUCGAGCGCUACCUGGCCAUGUGCCACCCCUUCAAGGCCAAGACGCUCAUGUCCCGCAGCCGCACCAAGAAGUUCAUCAGCGCCAUCUGGCUGGCCUCGGCGCUGCUGGCCGUGCCCAUGCUGUUCACCAUGGGCCAGCAGCGCCGGGGUGCUGACCGCCAGCACCCCGGCAGCCUGGUGUGCACCCCCAUCGUGGACACCGCCACCGUCAAGGUCGUCAUCCAGGUCAACGCCUUCAUGUCCUUCGUGUUCCCCAUGGUGGUCAUCUCCGUGCUGAACACCAUCAUCGCCAGCAAGCUGACGGUCAUGGUGCUCCAGGCAGCCGAGCAGGGCCAGGUGUGCACGGUGGGGGAGCAGCACGGCGCGCUCGGCACCUGCAUGGAGCCAGGCCGGGUCCAGGCCCUGCGGCACGGCGUCCGAGUGCUGCGGGCCGUGGUCAUCGCCUUCGUGGUCUGCUGGCUGCCCUACCACGUGCGGCGCCUCAUGUUCUGCUACGUCUCGGACGACCAGUGGACUCCGUUCCUCUACGACUUCUACCACUACUUCUACAUGCUGACCAACGCGCUUUUCUACGUGAGCUCCACCAUCAACCCCGUGCUCUACAACCUCGUCUCUGCCAACUUCCGCCAGAUCUUCUUGGCCACCCUGGCCUGCCUGUGUCCCCUGUGGCCACGCCGCCGGCGCAGGCCCGCCCUCUCCAGGAAGGCCAACAGCGUGUCCAGCAGCCACACCUUCUCCAGCCACGCCACCCGGGAGACGCUGUACUAGGGCCCCGCGGGGAGGGCGGGAGCCGAC